AUGUCGUCUAUGGUCAAAAACCCCCGCAAGGCGCCGGCCGCCAAACCCAAGGUCUCGCGCCCCAACCCUGCUCGAGCAAUUAACGACCGAGACCACCGGCGCAAGCAGAUUGCCGAGUACAACGCCAGCAGGGCCUCUUCUUCUGCCGGCUCUCCGCCUCCUACCAAUGCUCGCUCGCAGUGUCCCAACCCAAAGUGCUCAGCCCCCAAUGUCGUCGACGGAACCUGCCAGUCUUGCGGUGCGGUCAUCGACGACAGCAACAUCGUCGCCGACGUUCAGUUCGGGGAGGCUUCCAACGGCCAAGCAAUCGCUUUCGGUGUCACCGUCGGACACGACCAGGCAGGUCCCCGCCUUGGUGGCCCUGGCUUUGGGCCUCGCCGGGCUGCAGGCGGCGGCGAGGGGGAGAAUCGCAUCAAGUCAAUUCUUGAGGGCCGCGAUCUUAUUAUCGGCCUGCUCAACCGCCUUGACCUGGGCCAAGUCGAGGGCCAGCUUUACCUUUCGGCCUUCAACAAGUUCAAGGAAGUCCUGGGUCGAAACUUUUGUCAGGGGCGAAGUGUGGCUAGGGUUGCCAGUGUCUGCGUGUAUUGGGCUAUCCGCAAAGAGCGCAACACCCCGGUCAUGCUCAUUGACAUUGCCGAUGUAGUCAAGAUGGACGUGUUCCUGCUCGGCCGCACCUUCAAGAAGAUGCUCCACAUGCUCUACGGCGGUGACGAGGCCAACUACCCAUUCGAGCCCAUGGUUCCCGAAGACAUCAUCAGGCGCCUUGCCAGCCGCCUCGAGUUCUACGGCGACACCGAGACCAUCCAGGCAGCUGCUGUGCGGAUUGUACAGAGAAUGGACCGCGACUGGAUGAUGCUUGGCCGCAAACCCGCCGGAAUCUGCGGAUCAGCCCUCAUCCUUGCUGCCAGAAUGUUCAACUACCGUCGAACCCCUCUCGAGGUUUCCUUCGUUGCAAAGGUCACGACGGCUACCCUAAAGCUCCGUCUCGAUGAGUUCGCUAGGCUCGAGGCCGCGCAGAUGCGCAUCAGUGACUUCAUGAAGGGAGAAUUCCCUGGUCAACAGAAGUCUCACGACCCCCCAGCAUUCUACCGCCAGACCAAGGAGUACCAGGAGGAGAUGGAAAGGAAGAGGAAUAAACCUGGUCGCAAGCGCAAGCGACAAAUUAUUGACGAAGAGACUGGCGAACCCCUGGUGCCUGGCAAGAGACAACGGGAAGACGGCCAGCCGGAGUCUGGUUCCUCUUCUCAAGACGACGGUACUCCGCCCGCCCCAUCUGAGCAAUCGCGGACUGACGCCGACGGAUUUGUUAUUCCUGCACUGCCUCAACGUCAACUUGUCAGCCCCCCAAGUCAAGGCACUCAAGGCCUGACGGAGGAUGACAUUAGUGAGGCCGUGCCUACAGAUGAGCAGGACGAAGUGGACGCGCUUGCAUCCAAGUACGGCGACGUUCCUUUGCCUGAAUUAAAUACCGGGAAUGGCGAGCCAGGCGGCUCCGGAACACAGAUCUCAGCUGUGGCUCCUGGGGCCAAGAGUCACCGAAACCGCCUGCAAGGAAGUGCCCUGCGUAAUCCAGCCCUGUUCCAUGAGAGCGAGGAGUGGACUGAGGAUGAGAACAAGAUGGCCGAGGAGAUGCUCAGCAACAUUAGGGACAUCAACUCCAAGGUCUGGGCCGCUGCGGCAGACCUGGCCGGAUUGCGCACCCAAGAGCUGAUGGAUGAGCUCGAAAACAUGCGGCCGGCCAAUUACCAGCAGAACCAGCUGCUCGACGCGCCGGAGGUCACAGAGGACGAAUUCGCUGACGACCCGGAAGUGCUCAACUGCUUGCUGAAUGAAGAUGAGCGCAAGAUCAAGGAGCAGCUGUGGCUUAACGAGAACAAGGACUGGCUGCGUCUCCAGCAGGAGAAGGAGUUCAAGAAGAAGAUGGCGCCGGUCAAGAAGCCGCGCAAGCAACACACGCGCAAGCCACGCAUUGGAGAGGGCCAAGCCACACCCGCGAGUUCGGCAGAGGAGGCGGCUCAAGAAACGGCCAACCGGCGCGGAAUCUCAACCAAGAUCAACUACGCCGCCCUUACCAACAUGGACCGCAAGGGUCCAGGAUCGUUGAUUGGCAGCGAAAUCACAAGUCAGCAGACCAGCCGCGCUGGCAGCGCCGAGCUUUCUGAUUCGGACAGCGACGACGAUGACUUCGGCCUUGGCGACACCCAGGGUGAUGAGAACGAAGAGGGAGAGCAGUACGAUGCCGAGGACUUCGGGGAUGAUGACUAG